UUUAAAAUGGAAGUUUCGGACUGGACAACGUAAAAUUUGUAGAUAAUACAUGUGUAAAGAUUGCGCUGAAGGAACAAACAGUUUGGAAAAACUAGAUAGUGUCGUAUUCUACGUUUUCAGAAAAACCUUGAAAAAUAAAUCAAUUCACGAUCUAUCUUGAAUCAAGAACAACCUUCAGAAUGUUGAAAUAGAAAUUCUGAUCGUGUAGUUUUACAAUCACAUUAAUUAUUACAUUACUAUUAUAUCAAAACUAUUUGAAGUCGAUGUACACACCACUGACGGUGUCUGUCGCAGUAGCAGACGAAACGUUUGGUACUUUAGGUUCCAUUCGACCACUGUCUACCAGUCUGGAUUUUGUUCCCUUUAAUCUCUAAUUAGCGGAUAGUACCGACUGCUGAGGCCAUAAACUAAAAAGUAGUUGUAACUCAGAAGAAAAAUAAGGUUAGUGACAAUAAAAUUUAAUUGGUUUGUACCGCCAAAAGAUUGAAAAAUAGUUUUUAUUCAAACUUAUCAAAAUAGAUAGACUUUAAGAAUGGACUUUUCCAAAAUUACUCCAAUAGAGUGGGUUGAAAAUGAAGAACGUUAUCUGCAUCUUCUGGAGGAUCAAACUUAUCGUAACAGAUUACCUUUGAUGAAUGUGAACGAGUGGGAUCAUAUAGAUAAUUCUACGCUAGUCAGGUUCAGAGGUAUGAUUCAAGACAUGCAUAGUCCAGAAUACUACCUCGAAAAAGUGGAAGUUGUGAAUGAAAGCACCAAUGAGAGAACUCUCAGAACAAGUCGAUACUGCGAUGUAGUUGCUGGUGAAAAAGAGUACUUAAAUUUUAACAGCGAUAACAAUUCAACCGCUGAGCGGCAGACUUAUGUUGUCAUCUCAGUGCCAGGGAUUAAUGAAUGGGCCUUCAUCGAAGAUGAGAAGCAUUUCAAAGUAAAUCUAGGCCACCUAUCAUCGGGAAAUAUAUCAAAAAAGCGAAAUCACCAGGAUUCCAUGGAUGAAGAAGAUGCCAAAGACUCUGUAAAUUCAACUCAUGUAGUGAAUCACAAAAAAGUUUGCAAUGAAAACUCAGCUAGAAGGAAUGAACCAGUGAGAGCAGCUAAAGGUGUUUCGUCAACUUUUCCCCUACCAGACGAAUCUUUUAAGAUUUGCCAUUUGAAAGUAUACAACAAGCAAGAAGAGUUGAAGUUGAAUAACGUAUAUGAAUUCAUAGGAUUUCUCAGUGUAGAUGCAUUAACAGAUCCCAUUCCAGAAAAAGAUGACAAUUCUAUGGAAUUCGAAACUUUGCACCCUCCAAGUUCUUUAGUGCCAAGGAUACAUUGUGUCAGUUUCAGAAAGUUGAAACAUCAUAAUCCCCUGCUAACAUAUGAAAGUUCGAUGGAGGAUGGAGGUAAGCUUGAUGCUAUUCGAAAGGAACUCAUGUUGUUACUGAAGCCCUUACUGUUAGGCGAUGAGCUUGCCGCUGAGUACUUGCUUUUGCAUCUGAUAUCUGAAAUCUAUCUACGAAGGAACUUUAUGCCUCUUGGAAAAUUUUCUUUGAAUUUUUCUAACAUUCCAAAACUUGAUUGCUUGGAUUAUGUUGAAGAGUUUUACAAGAUCAUCUCAAAUAUAGUUCAUAAGAGUUACUAUUUGCCCAUGACUCUCGAGAAUUUAAAUAAUCUCUCGUUUGUUCCAAAAAAAGAUUAUGAGAGUAAUUGUUUGAUAUCUGGGGUACUCCAGUUGAGUGACAAUACUCAUGUAGUUUUGGAUGAAACUAAGCUGAGUUCCGGAAAACUUGAUGCAGCAGGGGUGAAUAACGUUAAAGCUAUAUCUUCAGCAAUCAAGAAUCAAAAGGUGGCUUACGAUUUCAAUUACUAUUCUAUUGAAUAUGAGUGUGAUAUACCAUUUCUCAUACUUUCUGAAGGAAAGUCAAUGCUAUACUCCGAUGUUCAUAUUCCAAUCAGACCUGAUUCAACGUGCAUCAAUACAUUUAGGGAGAUUCUCCAAGCAGCUGAUCAUUUUUUAAAACCGAGUCUUUUGGAAGACAUUAGAAAGUAUUUAACUUCAGUAAGACUUACUCAAUAUGAGAUUUCUGAAAACGUAGAAGGGUUAGUGCAAAAUGAGUUUGUUAAAAUGAGACAACAAGGAGCAGUUUCCCCAGACGAUUUACACGAGUUGCUUGUUACCGCAAGGUUGCUGUCAAUAUCACAAGGGAAAACAAGUUUAGAUGAAAACUGUUGGAGGAAAGCUUGCAAUCUUCAACAAGAACGGAAAAGCAGACUAAUAAAAUGAUUAUUCAUCUUUUCUAAUUUUAUGCUACUUUCUCAUCACUGUAUUUUCAUUUAUUCAUUGUUAAUAUUGGAUUGUACUGGACCAUGUAUUUGUGGUUUACCUUCUACAAAUCAGGUAAACAAUGUAAAUUAAUCUGUUAUUUGUGAUAAAUUCUGGUUUGUUAAUAGGUUCGGAAUAAUCACACCAUAUAUGAAUUCAUGAAAAUUACUAGAUUUCAGUUUGUUACAUUCGUCAUUCAUCUCCAAACAGAAAUUCAUCUUCAGAAACAAAUAGUAGCUAAUGUA